AAGACCUUCACUAAUUCCACAGUUGGAAAAAUUGGGCAUGGAAGUUUAUUCAAAUCAAAAAGCAAAUGAUUUCACACCCUCGUCCUCUUCCUCCCCUCAGCCUUAUAUCUUUCUCCGCCACCGUGUGGCUACAGCAACCUCCAUUUUCUUCAGUCAGCCAUGAAGCUGAUCCAUGCCCCAACUCCCCUCCUCAACCUUCUCUUCCUCCUCUUCUCCUUCUCGCCUUCGAACACCGCAGCAGAAACAGAAACGCAAGCUCUUCUAGCGUGGAAAUCCAGCCUGCUCCAGCCUGACUCUCUUGCCUCAUGGUCCCUCGCCAACUCCACCACCCCAUGCGAGUGGUUCGGCGUUCGCUGCGACUCCGGCGGCAGCGUCGUCGUGCAGCUGAGUUUACCGUAUUCCAACCUCGUCGGCACUCUCGUUAAGUUGGACUUCUCCUCUUUGCCCAACCUCACAACUCUCGAUCUCAGCUACAAUAACCUCGCCGGCGCCGUCCCUUCCAACAUCUCUGCUCUGUCCAAGCUCACCUCAUUAGACCUCAGCAGUAACAACUUCAGCGGAUCCAUUCCGCGGGAGAUUGGGCAGCUGUCGGAGCUCCUCGAGCUCCGUCUCGACAACAACAGCUUGGGCGGAGGGAUACCCUACCAGCUUAGCGGUCUGCAGAAGGUGCAGCUCCUCGACCUCGGAUCCAAUUACUUGGAAACACCGGACUACUCCAAUUUCACCGGCAUGCCUUCUUUGACAUACCUCGAUCUGUUCCUCAACAGCCUGACAGAAGAGUUCCCUCCGUUCAUACUGAAAUGCACCAACUUAACAUACCUUGAUCUCUCAGAGAACAGAUUCACAGGUCCAAUCCCAGAGUCAUUGGCUAUCAACUUAGUAAGCCUCGAGUACCUGAAUCUUUCAUUCAAUUCCUUUGAAGGAGUAAUUCCAGCCUCUCUUACUAAGCUACCGCGGCUUCGAGACCUUCGCCUGGGAGGAAACAACCUCGUCGGAGGGGUGCCGGCGACUCUAGGAUCCAUUUCCAGCCUUCGAGUUCUUGAGCUUUACAGCAAUUCAUUGGGUGGACCGAUUCCACCUUCGCUAGGUCAGCUCCAGAAGCUGGAACGCCUCGACAUCAAAUUGGCAGGACUGAACUCCACCAUCCCUCCUGAACUCGGCAACUGUACCAAUCUGAACUACAUAGAACUGUCUACCAAUCGGCUCGAGGGAGAAUUUCCAGGAUCCUUUGUGAAGCUCACCAAAAUGAGGGAGUUCGGGUUCUCCUCCAACUUGCUUUCCGGCAAGAUCCCGUCAGACUUCUUCGGUAGUUGGCCUCAGCUUAUUUCCUUUCAGGUGCAGAACAACUCCAUCACUGGGCGGAUUCCCUCGGAGAUUGGACUAGCGACGAAUCUGACAUACCUCUUCCUCUACACCAACAAUCUUUCCGGUCCAAUUCCGGUGGAGAUUGGGAAUUUGGUGAACUUGUUCCAGUUGGAUCUGUCAGAGAACUCGCUGACGGGUACAAUCCCUUCGACAAUCGGCAACCUCACGAACUUAUCUGUCUUGAAUCUCUUCUACAACAAUCUCACCGGCUCGAUCCCGGAGGAGAUUGGAAACAUGACUGCACUGGCUAGCAUUGACCUCAACACCAACAAUUUAGAGGGGGAGCUACCAGGUACCAUCGCUGAGCUUCCAAACCUUGCUUCUCUAUCCGUCUUCACCAACAACCUCGCUGGUAGCAUCCCCCGAGACCUCGGACAGAAUGGCCUGUUGCAGAACGUCAGCUUCUCGAACAAUUCCUUCUCCGGUGAACUGCCUCGAGGAUUGUGCACCGGCUUCGCCCUUCACCACCUCCUGGUGAAUAGCAACAAUUUCUCCGGCUAUUUGCCGUCUUGUUUGCGGAAUUGCUCGAAGCUGCUUCGAGUCCGGUUGGACUCGAACCACUUCAGUGGGAACUUAGAAGAAGCUUUCGGAGUACACCCCGACCUUGUUUAUUUAGACCUCACUGGAAACCAGUUGACUGGCACGCUCUCGCCGGACUGGGCAGAGUUCAAGAGCCUCACUUACUUGCACGUAGACGGCAAUAGCAUCUCCGGUGACAUUCCCGCAGCAUUGGGAAACAUGACCAAUCUACAAGAUCUGAGCUUGGCGUCAAACUAUCUGGCAGGAGGCAUCCCACCUGAAAUCGGGAAAUUGGAGUUCUUAUUUAAGCUCAACUUGAGCAGCAACAUGUUAACAGGUUCGAUUCCUUCAGAGCUAGGAGAGCUUGAUCCACUAACACAUCUUGAUCUAUCAGGAAAUGAACUCACUGGCCGAGUAACUGCGGAGCUCGCUAAUCUGAACGACCUGUUGUUGUUGGAUCUGAGCAUGAAUAAGUUGACAGGGGAGAUACCAUAUCAGCUAGGAAACUUGAAUUCUCUCCAAAUCCUAUUAGACUUGAGUAGCAAUUCUCUCUCUGGGACAAUACCAUCAAAUCUUGAGAAGCUGACGAGGCUGCAAAAGCUCAACAUCUCCCAUAACAAUCUUUCAGGUGAAAUCCCAGAUUCUUUAUCAGAAAUGGUCAGCCUGGAAUCUGUGGACUUCUCCUACAACAAUUUCACAGGUCCGAUUCCAAAAGGAGGUGCUUUCCGGAAUGCAUCUUUCAAAGCCUAUGUGGGUAAUCUGGGGCUAUGCGGAGAUGUGAAAGGCUUACUUUCUUGUUUCUCUACCUCCGGUGAAGUUUCUCACAAGCAUCACAAACGACUCGUCAUCGCGAUCGUUGUUCCAGUUGUGGGGGUGUUGGUGUUGGCGGCCACAGUCAUAACGAUCAUGCUAUUAUGCAGGGAUGACCCUCGAGAGAAGCUUGAGAUGGAGAAAGCUGCCAGGGAAAGUUCCGAGUCAUCGAUAUGGGAAAGAGAAUGCAAGUUCACUUUCAUGGACAUUGCGAAUGCGACGGGCAACUUCGACGAAGCUUGCUGCAUUGGAAGAGGACGAUUCGGAAGCGUCUACAAGGCGGAGCUGCCGACAGGGCAGGUAGUUGCUGUGAAGCGUUUUCACGUUGCGCAUUCUGAAGAGAUGGUGGACAUGUAUCAGAAGAGCUUCGACAACGAGAUCGCAGCUCUCACAGAGGUCAGACACCGAAACAUCGUGAAGCUGCACGGGUUCUGCUCGAAGAGCGGAUACAUGUACUUGGUGUACGAGUACGUCAGCAGGGGUAGCUUGGGGGAGGUGCUGCAUGGGGAGGAAGGGGGGACGAAGCUGGACUGGGCGAUGAGAUUGAAGGUUGUACACGGGUUGGUUCAUGCCUUGGCCUAUCUGCACCACGAUUGCUCCCUGCCGAUCGUGCAUCGUGAUGUCUCGGUGAACAACAUCUUGCUGGAGUCGGAUUUCGAGCCUCGUUUGUCCGAUUUCGGAACAGCGAAGUUGCUGAACCCUGAUUCUUCCAAUUGGACCGCUGUUGCUGGAUCCUACGGCUACAUGGCUCCAGAGCUCGCUUACACAAUGAGGGUGACAGAGAAAUGCGAUGUCUACAGCUUUGGGGUUGUAGCACUGGAAGUCAUGAUGGGGAAGCACCCAGGGGAACUCAUUUCCUCUCUGCCUUCGUUGCCGGAAGGAAAAGAAUUGUUUUUGAAGGAAACGCUGGACCAACGAUUGCCUGCUCCGGCCAGCCAGUUAGCAGAGGAGGUCGUCUUCAUCGUGAAGGUGGCACUGGCGUGCAUUAGCAGCAAUCCAUCGUCGCGUCCUUCCAUGCGUUUCGUCGCGCAGGAGAUAUCUGCUCAAACCCAAGCUUGCAUUCCUCAGCCGUUCGAAACGAUUACAAUCGGUAUGCUAAAUGGUUUUCAGGAAUGAUGAAUUAAUCGAGCUGUAAGAGAAGAAAUUGUUUUGGCCGAGGGAAGAAGAAGACGAUGUGCAGACAGUAUAUGUGCAGCAGUACAGUUUGGUAUUUCAUUUUCUUUUGUAUACUUGUAUAGAUAGGAUGUGUCACAAAUCCUGUCAAAGAAAAAUGUUUUGUAUUUAAGGAACAUAUCUCACAUCAUUCAUGAAAAUGCUUAGUCUCGAGAAUUUUUCGUUU